GGACCUAUAUAAAACAUCCGAUAUAUCAAUGAUACCAGUCAUAUGAUGCAGCUUCUAGUAUUAUCACAUUUGUUUACCUGUGGUGCCCUUUGUUUACCUGUGAUGCCCUCUGAAUAUUAAACGUCACAGUAGACAGGGGCCUAUUGUUGUGACGUAGAAUCAUGUUUGAUGGGAAGCAUGGGGAGGUCCGCCAGCGAAGCGUCAGCACUAAUACAGUCAGCACCCCACACCAGGAAGAUAGCCUCAUAGCAUGCACUGGCACCUAUGAUGUUGUGGAGGAGUUUACUGAGAGAAACAGGAAAAGCAUGGGGUUUAGCUCAGAAUGUGAGAAAGAAGUUUAUGAAAUACAGUUACUGCAACUUCAAGAACAGUUAGAGUCUGCAAUGAUAGAAAAAGAACAAUUGGCAAGGCAACUGAGGAAAUUUUCUGAGUCCUCAUUCAGAAAGUUGCAGGAUGAACUAGAAGCUGAGAAGCAAAAAAACAAGGAUCUCCAGCUCAUGAUUUCUUCGAAAAGAAACAGCAAGUCAUCGUUAGAAUCUUCUGCGGAUGCUAGACAAGCCUCCGACCUACAGAGGCACGGAUCUGAACGGAGUAGACCUAGAAAGCGAGAGAACAGCUCCAAGGGUACAGAGAAGAAAUCUACCCUCCCGACCAGAAUCAUUGAGAGAGUAACCAGGACUAUGUAUGAAAUUGCUGAAGACUUUACCGAUGACUCUCCCAAAGAAUCUGCAGCCGAGGAAAAAGACACACGGGUCAAUAUCACAAUCCUUAAAGAAAAUGUCAAAAGGUUUGGCGCUGCAUUAAAGCCAUACAUUAACACAGUAAAAGGAAUUCAGGGACUUCUUCAUUGGAAAUCAGCCCCCUACACACUGGUGGUGUUCAUGGUGUAUAUGUAUGCUGUUUGGUGUGGAUGGGCUGUCCAGAUGUUCAUUCUUUGCCUCAUCUUUAGACACUUCAUUAGUUAUCUACAGAGCGUGGGGAUGAAGAUAAAGUUUAAUUUUCUUGACCAUGAAGAAGAGAACAAUUUGAAAAAAGAAGACUCGUCUUUGGGACUAUCGGACAAAAUUAACUUGGUAGUUCAGAUAUCAAAGAAAGUGCAAGAUUACCUUGGGAAAGCUGCAGAUAGCCUCGAGAAGAUUGAAAGUGUGCUGACGUGGCGAUACCGGCCAGCAGCCCAGCGGCUCUUCCUUGCUCUCUGUGGCUUUUUUGUCAUAUCUGUGGUUGUGAACUUUGACCUGCUGCUCUGUGUUAUAGGUAUUAAUAUGGGAAUAAAACUAUUUUUAAUCAACCAUGUGUACUACAAAUUCCCAAGAAUCAAGCAGAAGUAUGACUCGAUGUCUAGACUCUGGACAAUGCUUCCAACGAGACAGUCAUGGGAGAAGUCACACAUUCAGUCACAUAUUGACAAGUAUGUGUUGCCUGAUGUGAAUAAGUGUGCAGAGGAAGACACAACUGAAUCAGGACUGGAAAAUAUAGAAAAUUCAACAGAGAUAGAUCCAUCAGAUGAAAAUAAAGCUUUCUUUCAACUCUUCUGUUUACCUGCCUCGGAAAUACUUUUAUCGGGGUGGCGAGGGGGAAGAAGGUGUACAUUGGUGGACAGAAGAAAAAGAGGAAUGGGUGCUUUUAAGAAUGGCAAGCUGUAUUUGACUAAAAGUUUCAUUUGUUUUGAAAGAAAAUGCAUUCCAUCAAAAGAGAACCUCCUCAUUCCACUGGUUGACAUAGUGACUGUCACCAAGUCCAAACCAUUUCAUUUUAUGCCGGGAUCAGGUAUGGCAAUAGAAGUGACUGUGAAAGAAAGGAGUUUUGUAUUUGGCGGGCUGCUUAACCGAGACGAUGCAUACGACAGCAUUCAAGAACACGGUGUAAACAAAGGAUUGCCAUGGGCAACUGGAAUACCAUUGGAUGAAUCAUCACCAUGCCCAAAUAUUGUACGAUUAACAGAAAAUAAACAGAAUUUCAGUUUUCCAGUUGAAUAUGGUGAUUCCGAAUAAGAAGCCUUGAAUAUUCCUCACCUUUUUACAAUGUUGAUAGAAAAAGGUUGUUUAACUUGAAGAUUCGUUUCUUAUGAGUUCACAGAACUUCUAGGAUAUUGUUUCCAGUAUGUGCCAUAUAUAUAUUUUUUGUUUUAAAAAUAUUUCCAUUUUAGGUUGCUGAUAGAUUAGGGUCUGAAUUACGACGCCUUCUCCCAUACUAGUUAGUUACUGUCAAGAACCGUACCUGUAUGUGUGAUAAAUUCAUUAUUUCAUUUUCCAUGUUUUGAUUUGUGUUUAUCAGGGCAAUCCAGCCUUGCUCACUGCUGUUUUUAAUCCAGCCUUGCCCACUGCUGUUUUUAAUCCAGCCUGGCUCACUGCUGUUUUUAAUCCAGCCUGGCUCACUGCUGUUUUUAAUCCAGCCUUGUUCACUGCUGUUUUUAUAUUUUACCUGAGGAAGGAUGCGUGAUGAAACUUUUUUGUAACAUGAUCUUUUGUGGCAUGUUGCACAUCAGUUUACAUUGUAGUGUAUUUGCUUUAGUGCCUGCUGUUACAACUUCAGCUUAGUGUUAGAUAGGUUGCUUCGUGUCAUCUUCAGGAGUGCUACCUCAGGAUUGAUUUAACUUUGUGUUUAUAUGACUGUAGAUAACCUGUUAGUUGUGUUACAUCUUAUGUACACUGUAUCUAGUUCUCUGUCCAUAGUUUGUAUUUGUUUUAUUAUAUUGGUGUUUUGUAUAGUAUGAAAGUAUGGAUUACAUACUUCUUUACUUUUCCCAAGAUAUAACUGUUUACAUUUAUACAUACUUCUCCAGUUUGGGCAUAGGAGGUUAACCAUGAUCACUCUUUGUGAGAUAAUGUAAUCUUUAUAUGAAAUUUAACUUAAAAUCACGGUUUUGCCCAAACUGAUUUUCUGUCAUUUAUAUGCCUAAUCAGAAGGAGGAAAUUAAUUUGCUGUUAAAGUUUAUUUCAAUUAUAAUUAUUAAUUUACAUGUGUUAUUAACAUUUAUCUGUGUUACAUUAGUGCGUUGUCAUAAAUUGACCUUGAUGUCUACAUGCUUUUAUGUUGUAAUCCGGGGGGGGGGGGGGGGGGGGGGUCACAAUAUCCCUCCCCAAUGCUUAGUAAUAUGUAUGUGAUAUAUAUAAUUAAGAGCAUUAAAUUAUUGUUUUUCGAUUGUACUGUUAAAUACCUAGAACCACGGGGCUGACCCUCCGUUUUUUGACAACGUUCAAUUUCUAUUAUUUUCAAAUGCAAACUAAAUUAUUUUCACAUGUGAAAUAAGAUUAAUUGGUGGAUUGGCCCCCACCCCACUCUUUUGGUGGUAGUAAUGAAUGGUAAAAAUGUAAUAAUGAAUUAACUGAUCAAUUGAAGGAUGAACGGAACCCCCUCCCUCCAAUUUAAGAGUACGAAGUUUGAGCGAAAGAGACAUAUUAGGUUCCUUUUCUGCUUGUCAACAAUUGUAGAAGACCAUUUUCCCUCCGACUGUCCCUAUACACUUUGAAAAACGAUGCUGCGUGUUUGCGUACUAUUCUAAAUCUUUCCAAAAUAAUCACUCAGCGAUACGAAUUACAUUGUUUUUGCAAUUGGCAGCCGCCAUAUAUAAAUUAAGUGGCGGUCGCCAGAUAAAAUAACUGGCGGUCGCCACUUAAUUUAUAUGGCGGCCGCUAUUUAAUAAGUGGCGGCCGCCAGUUAAAUAAAUAUUAAUUCUAUACCCUGGCACCUAUCGGCUUCCGUAGUUUUAAUAUUGUGUGUAUGCAUAUUACAUGGUUGUGGUGACAUUUUUUUGUGUAUUCAGGGCCGUAAAUUAACCUUCAAUUUGGAGGAGGCAGGAAAUUAGGCGGGGGCCUGGGCGCCCAGGCCCCCAGACGCUGAGCACAUUUUGUGCACACUGAACACGUUUCGUGCAAAAUCCUUGAUUCUAGGGCCUUCUAAGAUGUUACUUGACUAACUCAUUCUAAAAGAAAGAUUUGGAAUGCUUUUUAAGGGAGGUAUCAUGUUCUUAGUUAUUGGAAACAACAUAAAUUCUAAUGAACUUUAAAUUUUAAUUUUUUUUGGCUCAAAAGUUGGAGGAGGCAGCUGCCUCCUCCGCCUCCAUGUAAUUUACGGCCCUGGUAUUUCGAGAGUAACUGUUUCUUUGACUUUCAGCUUGGGUUACCUUGAUUUGAUUGUUUUGUUGUUUUUAUAAUAGGAUGAUCUGAACCAUCGUCGGAAACCCACGGUCGGUCGCUGUACGAUUAGGUAAUCGUCUAGAGCGGCCGACCGUGGGUUUCCGACGAUGGAUCUGAACAUAAUCCUUAUGUUGUGGAAACCUCUGUUUGCUUAUUUCGAAAAAAAAAUAAAUAAAAAAAUAAAACUCGUACUCAAUGUGCAAUGAUCAUCAAUGAAAUGUAAAACAAUUUCACUAGACUAAUGAUGUGGGAUUUUGUUUGGUUUUUUGUUUUUUUUUACGUAUAAAACUAAAUAAAAUAUGAAAAAAUUAUACCACUUAAAAUUUUAAUUAAUAAAUAUUGUUAUAUGCAUAUAGACUUUUUUCCCAGGACUUUUUUCUCCGUGACUUUUUUUCGGUGACUCCUUUCAUACAUUCUGCAAUGUGUUACUUUCAUUAUGAGUUCUAAGAAGUUUUUUUUAAAUUGAUACUUUCGAUUUCAAUAUCGUUUAAACCAAUCGUUUCAUAACCAUUCUUUUGACCAAUCAAAUUGCUGUACCUUCGCACUUUAACCCAAGCUAUUCCCCUACCGUGGCAGUUAGGGAAAAAUUUCCAGAGGCAUAACGCAUGACAAUUUGAUUAUAGAAAAUAAGUUUGUCAUAUAUAUAUAUUAUGACAAUUAUUUUUCUUUUCAAUAUAUGUGUGUGUGUGUGUGUGUGUGUGUAUUAAAUGAGGAAUGAGAGGAAGUAUGGUGAUUUAUUUAGUGUAGAGUAGUUUGUUAACCAUGAUUGUCAACAGAGGUUAACCAUGAUCACCCUCUGUGCGAUAACGUAAUCUUUAUAUGACAAUCAAAUUAAAAUCAUGGUUUUGCCUAAA